AUGGUAAAGGUCUCAAAUUCACAUGGAUUCCAGGAAACUGACUCAUCCCAUUCAAGAUGCCACUCAUGCUCAACAGGACACUCUCCUGUUAGUUCUCCUGUUGCAUUAAAAUGCAGGCCUGCUAAGUUGACCAAUUUCGUGAAUAAGAAUGAGGUACUGGACCUGUAUAUUGAUGGUGAGCAAGAAGUUGCCAGACUAAAUGAGAAGCAGAACCAGAAAUUCCCCGUCAGAUGUACAGCUCCUUAUUUGGGACAGGAAUGGCCACCACAACCACCUUCCACAGCACCAUCUUCACCAAAAGUGUGCAAAGAGAUCAUUGAGAACCCCUCUAACACUGAUACCGAUGACAUCUGGCAUUCCUAUCUUGCUUAUGAGGGAACAAAGGGUGCCUUCAAGGUUGCAUCCGUGUGUCAUGAAGGUGGACAUGAUGCAAGAUGUCUUGAAGCAUCUUCUGAGUAUCUUUCAUAUUUUGAAGAGUGCAGAUCACAGAGUAUGACUACUGUGGAUGACAUCUAUGAGGACUUGCAAGAUGUACGACCUCCAUCUCCAUUCUUCUACAGCACUUCAACGGAUCCUAUUUCCAGUGCUACCUCAAGAUACUUCACUGCAGACAUUCAUUGUCAUGAUCAGUGUCAUGGUGUUCAUGAUUUCAACUUGGAACAGGACACUGAUGAAAAGUUGCUUCAAAGAGCUAAAGAAAUUGAUGCAUGCCUUAUGGUUCCCCUUGUAGAAAACAGUAAGCUUAAUGCGCUCAGGGAUAAGAGGUCAAAUUCAACUGAAAUCUGGCAAUUCAUUGAGGGUCUGAUUGAAGAUAGAAAAAAAUUGGCAGCUGAAGUAUCUUCACAGAUUAAGGCACGUCUUACAGAAAGAUUUGCAGCCAAAGAACAAUAUAAGAGAUCCAAGUUAGAAUUAGAAACCAGAACUAGAAGACUGGAGAAGGAGAAGAUCGAUCUACAAAGUAACUUGGAAAGGGAAUUGGAUAGAAGGUCAAAUGAUUGUUCAGUCAAACUGGAGAGAUUUCAAUCUGAAGAACAAAGACUACAGGAAAGGGUAAGAGAGCUUGCUGAGCAGAAUGUGUCAUUUCAGAGAGAAAUUACUUUGCUUGAAUCAUACAAAGUUGAUACCACUAGUAGGAUUAAAAGUCUAGAGCUACAAAACAAGCAUCUGAACAAUGAGUUGCAGGGAGUAAAAGAUGACCGUGACAAUCUUCAUAGCUCCUCAGUAGAAUUGCAAGAUAACCUUAAUAUAGCUAUAGAGGAAAGGGACAUGAUCCAAGAAUCUUUGAAAGACAAAGAGGAGGACAAAAAGGAGAACACAAUUACUAGCCUAAGAAAAGGAUUUGGCGCUGAAAUAGAAAAGAGAGAUGGUGGAAAUAGUGAUAUAAUAAACAGGAUGCAGAUGGAACUUCUCAGACUUACUGGAGUUGAGCAAAAUCUGAGAAAAGAAAUUCAAUCCUGUACCAUUGAGAUGGAGUCUCUUAGGCAAGAGAAUUUAGCGAUUUUCAAUCGUCUACAAAGGAGUGAGGAUGGAGCGAAUUUUUCCACAGUUCGUCUUGACCAGAAGCUUCAGGCUAGAGUGGAGAGUUUGCAGACACAAGGUUUAUCAUUACUUGACGAUUCUAGCCAACUUUGUGGCAAGUUGUUGGAAUUGAUCAAAUCAAAGAAGAGUGAGAACAGCAGUGAUGUUGAUGCAUUAGUAGCCAUCAAGUACACUCUAAAGUACCAAAGUAUGAUAGGAGGAAUUGAGAAUGUAAAACAGAGUCUGCGUAUGAUCAAAUCUCUGUUGACUGAGAAGCAAAACGAAGAGAUUGAACAGAGUGCUGAAAGUUAUCUUUCAGGACAAGAGAAGUUAUCCAGGGAUGACAUUGAAAUUAAGCUGAGAGAAGAAGCUAUGAUCAGUAGGGUUCUAAAGGAGAAACUUCUGUCCAAGGAAUUAGACAUUGAACAAUUGCAGUCAGAUCUAGCAGCUUCAGUCAGGGUCCAAGAGGUACUGCAAAGCGAGAUCCACAGAGUUCAAGAUGAACUGCGUUGCCUCACACACAAGUACAAGCAUUUGGAAGUUCAGGGUUUGAAGAAAGACGAGAUAAUUAACCAGGUUGAGCAGGAUUACUAG